UGCAGCCGGGUAGCAUUGAGACUAUGUGGAGCAGCUACACACAGGGACGGUGACAAGAACCAACAGCAGGAGCAGCAGCAGCAGCAGCUUCUAAUGCUGCCCAGCAUCAUGGGGACCAGGUGGUGCCUGCUGGGCACUUGGGUCUUCCUGUUCUUUGCCGUGCACGAGAGCCGAGGGAGAGAAGGUGGCAACUGGGCAGCUGGUUUGGAGAGCUGGACUCGCGAUACAGACUACCUGGCCAGCUGUGACUUCAACAACAACUCCUGGCCCUUUUGCGACUGGACCCAAACCUGUGGCACCAACCAAGGCACCUGGAUCCGCACGAAGCACGAUACGCCCACUCCCGACACCGGCCCAAGUGGGGACUAUCCGGAUGGAAGAGGCUACUUCAUCUACCAGGAGGCCAGCAACCUGGUUCCCUACGACCUCAACAGACUGGAGAGUCCCCAGCUGAUGGCCUCCGGAGAGGUGUGCAUCGACUUCCGCUAUCACAUGUUUGGCGCCGAGGACUUCAAUGAGCUGCACGUGACCCUCUUGUGGGAGGGGUCAGAGAUGGUGGUGUGGAGCCAAAUAGGGAGCCAGGGCCCCGAGUGGCAGCACGGACUCGCCUCGGUCUACUUGGAGAAGGAGACUCGCUUCAAGGUGGCUUUCGAUGCCAUUCGGGGAUUGACAGAAUACGGGGACACAGCCGUGGACAACGUGGCGGUCAGAAGGGGGCCUUGCACAUGGAUAUCAACCACCACUGAAUCUACAACCACCCAGACACCACCACACACCCCAGAGUCCUGCCUGGUGUCAGGUGACCCUCAUUAUUACACUUUUGACAAGCAGACGCACCACUUCAUGGGCAACUGCACCUAUACUCUCUCCCAACUGUGUGACCGGAACAACUCUCUGCUCCCCUAUUUUAACGUGGAAGCAAGCAACGAGCAUCGAGGGGGCAACACGCACGUCUCCUAUGUUGAGAGUGUGGAUGUUGAUGUCUUUGGCAUCCGGAUCAACCUGGGAAAGGGAGGAAGAGUUACGGUCGAUGGGGAGCCAGUUGUGGUCCCCUCCAUUCCAAUACGAGGUGUGAAGAUCUUGCCCAGUGGCUUCUACACAGUGGUUUCUACAGAUUUUGGACUGAGAGUCAAGUUUGACGGAGACCACCAAGUGGAAGUGUCCCUCCUUAGCACGUACAAGGGUGAGGUCUGCGGCAUGUGCGGAAACUACAACGGGGAUCCUUUUGACGAUUUCCUCAACCCUGAUGGGGAACAAGAGCCUGACUCCACAAGCUUGGGCAACAGCUGGCAGGUGGCCAACCUCAGCAGUUGUUCCUCAGGCCACACUCCUACCUGCACAGAGGAUGAGAAGGACACAGCCAAGAGCAGCGAUUUCUGUGGACGCCUAAUGGAUGUCAAUGGACCAUUCAGACAGUGUCAUAGCGUCUUGGAUCCAACGGGGUAUUUUGAGAGCUGCCUUUAUGAUCAGUGCGCCCUGCACUUAGAUCCAGGCUCCCUCUGCAGGAGCUUGCAAUCCUACGCAGAUGCCUGCCAGUCCCUGGGAGUUGCCAUCGACCCCUGGCGGAAUGCCACCUUCUGCCCCAUUCAUUGCAAACCCAACAGCCACUAUGAGCCUUGCGCCAAUGCCUGUCCAUCCACCUGCAAGAACCCAAGUGCUCCGGGCACAUGCAAUCUGACGUGCACGGAAGCCUGCGUCUGUGACUCCGGGUUCUUCCUUUACAAUGGUACCUGUGUGCCCAGCCAUCAGUGUGGGUGCUGGCACCAGGGUAAGCACUACCCAGUGGGCUCCGGCUAUUGGACCGACGACACCUGCAGCACCAGAUGCGCCUGCCCCAGUCAAGGUGGCCAACUCAGCUGCUUUCCUGAUUCCUGCCCUCACCAUUAUUACUGUGGAGUCGAAAAUGGUGUCCCAAACUGCUACAAACAUACAUAUGGGGUCUGCCGCAUCCACAACGACCCUCAUUACAACACCUUUGACAAAAAGACGCACCACUUCAUGGGCACCUGCACCUACACCCUGGCCAAGGUCUGCUCCAAUGAGACGGGGCUGCCCUACUUUAACGUGGAGGCCAAGAACGAACACCGUGGGAAUCCCUCCGUCUCCUACGUUCAGCGGGUGCUGGUGGAGGUUUACGGGCAGCGGAUUGAGAUUCUCAAAGGACACAAGAAUCAAGUGCUGGUGAACAAAGUGCUUACAAGGCUUUCUGUGCGCAAGCUAAAGAACACCCUGAGAGUGGACAUCAAUGGACGCUAUGUGACCCUAGAAACGGAUUUCGGGCUGAUUGUCUCUUACGACACAGAUCACUCGGUGGAAAUCAGGGUCCCCACUAACUUCUUCAACAAGACCUGUGGCAUGUGUGGGAACUUCAACAACCGCUGGCAGGAUGACAACAUGAUGCCCAAUGGAGAGCAAGCCAAGAAUUCCAACGAGCUGGGAAACAGCUGGCAGGUUCCUAAUGCAGAGUACGACCCACCCAACUGUAAAGGCCCACAAGAACCAGAACCUUGUCCCUCAGACCUGAAAAAUCUCUAUAAGUCAGAGGCGUACUGCGGACAACUUACCAGUAGUCAGGGACCCUUGGCAGCUUGCCAUUCUGCAAUCAACCCCAACAGCUUCUUCCAGAGUUGCAUCUUUGAUCUGUGUGAACUGAAUGGGUCCCAUGAGGCCUUGUGUAGUGCUUUGGAGGCGUACGCUGAUGCCUGCCAAAGAGUUGGCUUGCUGCUUCUCGACUGGAGGAAUGCCACUUCCUGCAAAAUCCCUUGUGACGAUCAUAGCCAUUACAACGUGUGCGCCACUUCCUGUCCCGCCACGUGUUCCAAUCCACUCGCUCCAUGGAACUGCACCAAGCCUUGCGUGGAGGGAUGCGAAUGCGAUGAAGGUUUUGUCUUCAGCGGAGCACAGUGUGUGCCACGGGAGGAUUGCGGCUGUGUCGAUGGAGAUCAAUAUUAUGAGAAAGGAGAGACGUUCUGGCAACCGGAUUGCGUCGGCCGAUGCCGCUGUGCAGAAAAUGGCACCUUGUUGUGCACCUCAGACAGAUGCAGAAAAGACCAAGUCUGUAAAGUGCAGAAUGGCAUCCUGGGCUGCCACAUUGCAGACAAGGCCAUCUGUCACAUCUAUGGAGACCCACACUAUGUCACUUUCGAUGGGCGACUCUACCACUUCCAGGGUGGGUGCAAUUACACUGCAGUGCAAAUCUGCAGCAACUCCUCCGAGCAGUUCUCUGUGACCACUCGGAAUGAACAUCGCUCUAGCCCGCACUGGACGGCUCUCAACUCAGUGGCCAUCUCACUGAGAAACAUCCACUUGGCUCUGAGGAAGAACAAAGAGGUCUACGUGAAUGGAGCCAAGGUUGAUCUUCCUCUGAGGCUACAGCCCGACAUUCAGGUGGAGGAACAGUUUCCCUAUGUGGUUGUUGACAGCCCCCUCGGCUUUCGGGUGAAGUUUGAUGGGGAUCACCAGCUCUUUAUCGAAGUCAGUGAGAGAUACAAGGGACACCUCUGUGGGCUGUGCGGCACCUACUCGGGCAGCCAGCUGGAUGAUUUCCAACAGCCAGAUGGGAUGCUGGAGACCGAUGCCAACAAAUUUGGCAACAGCUGGAGAGUGGAAGAUGACGCUUGGAGCUGCUCACCAGUAGUUCCAACCCCCUGUGACCCUGUGCAAGAGGCAGUUUUUGAAGAUUUGUGCGAAGUAAUUCUGUCCUCAAACGGGCCUUUCACCGAGUGCCAUGGCAGCAUCCCUCCUCAGCUGUACUUUGAAAGCUGUGUGUAUGACCUGUGUGCUACCGGGGGAGACAAAGAGCAGUUGUGCAACAGUCUGGAAGCGUAUGCCGCCGCAUGCGAAGUGAACGGGGCAGACCUCGGGGACUGGAAAAAGGAUACCGUUUGUGGUCCCCCUUGUGGUUUCUCCUGCUCUUUUGAGAAGGACUUCUGUUCCUGGAGCCAAUCAUCCACCGACAGCUUUGACUGGAGACGACACAAAGGCCCAACACCCUCGCCGAACACAGGACCCUUCUUUGACCACACCACUGGCGGGGGUUACUUCAUUUACCUGGAUGGAAGUGAUGCCAACCCUGGGGAUGUGGCACACUUGAUCAGCUCCACGUGUGACCUUCGGGGUCCCCUGUGCUUUCGCUUCUGGUAUCACAUGUAUGGCGUAGCCCAAACGAUGGCGCUGCGCUUUUAUGUCAUCUUGGAUGAUGCAUCACCUUUGCUGGUCUGGUCUGAAACAGGGAACAAGGGCAACAUUUGGCAGUCAGCACAAUUCAGUGUGGUUCACAACGGCAGAGUAAAGAUACUGCUGGAAGGAAUGCGGGGAGAUGACUUCCGCAGCGAUAUGGCCGUGGAUGACAUUUCUGUACAGGACGGUUAUUGCCCGCCAUGGCCAUCAAUCCCCCCUGAAUCUACACCCACACUGAGACCACCCCCUCCUACCCAAGAGUCCUGCCUGGUGUCGGGUGACCCUCAUUAUUACACUUUUGACAAGCAGACGCACCACUUCAUGGGCAACUGCACCUAUACUCUCUCCCAACUUUGUAACCCGAACAACUCUCUGCUUCCCUACUUCAACGUGGAAGCAAGCAAUGAGCAUCGAGGGGGCAACACGCACGUCUCCUAUGUUGAGAGUGUGGAUGUUGAUGUCUUUGGCAUCCGGAUCAACCUGGGAAAGGGAGGAAGAGUUACGGUCGAUGGGGAGCCAGUUGUGGUCCCCUCCAUUCCAAUACGAGGUGUGAAGAUCUUGCCCAGUGGCUUCUACACAGUGGUUUCUACAGAUUUUGGAUUGAGAGUCAAGUUUGAUGGAGACCACCAAGUGGAAGUGUCCCUCCUUAGCACGUACGAGGGUGAGGUCUGCGGCAUGUGCGGAAACUACAACGGGGAUCCUUCUGACGAUUUCCUCAACCCUGAUGGGGAACAAGAGCCUGACUCCACAAGCUUGGGCAACAGCUGGCAGGUGGCCAACCUCAGCAGUUGUUCCUCAGGCCACACUCCUAUCUGCACAGAGGAUGAGAAGGACACAGCCAAGAGCAGCGAUUUCUGUGGACGCCUAAUGGAUGUCAAUGGACCAUUCAGACAGUGUCAUAGCGUCUUGGAUCCAACGGGGUAUUUUGAGAGCUGCCUUUAUGAUCAGUGCGCCCUGCACUUAGAUCCAGGCUCCCUCUGCAGGAGCUUGCAAUCCUACGCAGAUGCCUGCCAGUCCCUGGGAGUUGCCAUUGACCCCUGGCGGAACAUCACCUUCUGCCCCAUUCAUUGCAAACCCAACAGCCACUAUGAGCCUUGCGCCAAUGCCUGUCCAUCCAGCUGCAAGGACCCAAAUGCUCCGGGCACAUGCAAUCUGCCAUGCACAGAAGCCUGCGUCUGUGACUCCGGGUUCUUCCUCUACAAUGGUACCUGUGUGCCCAGCCAUCAGUGUGGGUGCUGGCACCAGGGUAAGCACUACCCAGUGGGCUCCAGCUAUUGGACCGAUGACACCUGCAGCACCAGAUGCAUCUGCCCCAGUCAAGGUGGCCAACUCAGCUGCUUUCCUGAUUUCUGCCCUCACCAUUAUUACUGUGGAGUCGAAAAUGGCGUCCCAAACUGCUACAAACAUACAUAUGGGGUCUGCCGCAUCCACAACGACCCUCAUUACAACACCUUUGACAAAAAGACGCACCACUUCAUGGGCACCUGCACUUACACCCUGGCCAAGGUCUGCUCCAAUGAGACGGGGCUGCCCUACUUUAAUGUGGAGGCCAAGAACGAACACCGUGGGAAUCCCUCCGUCUCCUACGUUCAGCGGGUGCUGGUGGAGGUUUACGGGCAGCGGAUUGAGAUUCUCAAAGGACACAAGAAUCAAGUGCUGGUGAACAAAGUGCUUACAAGGCUUUCUGUGCGCAAGCUAAACAACGCCCUGAGAGUGGACAUCAAUGGACGCUAUGUGACCCUAGAAACGGAUUUCGGGCUGAUUGUCUCUUACGACACAGAUCACUCGGUGGAAAUCAGGGUCCCCACUAACUUCUUCAACAAGACCUGUGGCAUGUGUGGGAACUUCAACAACCGCUGGCAGGAUGACAACAUGAUGCCCAAUGGAGAGCAAGCCAAGAAUUCCAACGAGCUAGGAAACAGCUGGCAGGUUCCUAAUGCAGAGUACGACCCACCCAACUGUAAAGGCCCACCAGAACCAGAAACUUGUCCCUCAGACCUGAAAAAUCUCUAUGAGUCAGAGGCGUACUGCGGACAACUUACCAGCAGCCAGGGACCCUUGGCAGCUUGCCAUUCUGCAAUCAACCCCAACAGCUUCUUCCAGAGUUGCAUCUUUGAUCUGUGUGAACUGAAUGGGUCCCAUGAGGCCUUGUGUAGUGCUUUGGAGGCGUACGCUGAUGCCUGCCAAAGAGUUGGCUUGCUGCUUCCCGACUGGAGAAAUGCCACUUCCUGCAAAAUCCCUUGUGACGAUCAUAGCCAUUACAACGUGUGCGCCACUUCCUGUCCCGCCACGUGUUCCAAUCCUCUCGCUCCGUGGAACUGCACCAAGCCUUGCGUGGAGGGAUGCGAAUGCGAUGAAGGUUUUGUCUUCAGCGGAGCACAGUGUGUGCCACAGGAGGAUUGCGGCUGUGUCGAUGGAGAUCAAUAUUAUGAGAAAGGAGAGACGUUCUGGAAACCGGAUUGCGUCGGCCGAUGCCGCUGUGCAGAAAAUGGCACCUUGUCCUGCACCUCAGACAGUUGCAAAAAAGACCAAGUCUGUAAAGUGCAGAAUGGCAUCCUGGGCUGCUACAUUGCAGACAAGGCCACCUGUCACAUCUAUGGAGACCCACACUAUGUCACCUUCGAUGGGCGACUCUACCACUUCCAGGGUGGGUGCAAUUACACUGCAGUGCAAAUCUGCAGCAACUCCUCCGAGCAGUUCUCUGUGACCACUCGGAAUGAACAUCGCUCCAGCCCACACUGGACAGCUCUCAACUCAGUGGCCAUCUCGCUGAGAAACAUCCACGUGGCUCUGAGGAAGAACAAAGAGGUCUACGUGAAUGGAGCCAAAGUUGAUCUUCCUCUGAGGCUACAGCCCAACAUUCAGGUGGAAGAACAGCUUCCGUAUGUGGUUGUUGAUAGCAACAUAGGCUUUCGGGUGAAGUUUGAUGGGGAUCACCAGCUCUUUAUCGAAGUCAGUGAGAGAUACAAGGGACACCUCUGUGGGCUGUGCGGCACCUACUCGGGCAGCCAGCUGGAUGAUUUCCAACAGCCAGAUGGGAUGCUGGAGACCGAUGCCAACAAAUUUGGCAACAGCUGGAGAGUGGAAGAUGACGCUUGGAGUUGUUCACCAGUAGUUCCAACCCCCUGUGACCCUGUGCAAGAGGCAGUUUUUGAAGAUUUGUGCGAAGUAAUUCUGUCCUCAAACGGGCCUUUUACCGAGUGCCAUGGCAGCAUCCCUCCUCAGCUGUACUUUGAAAGCUGUGUGUAUGACCAGUGUGCUACCGGGGGAGACAAAGAGCAGUUGUGCAACAGUCUGGAAGCGUAUGCCGCCGCAUGUGAAGUGAACGGGGCAGACCUCGGGGACUGGAAAAAGGAUACCGUUUGUGAACCAAAACCUACACCUACACCUGUGGAGCCCAGUACCCCAGAACCAACACCUUCUUCUGAGGAGUCAACUGUCUCAGAACGAUCACCUUCUCCCGUAGAGCCGACUGACUCAGAGCCAACACCUUCUCCUGUAGAGCCACCUGUCUCAGAACCAACACCUUCUCCCAUAGAACCAACUGUCCCAGAACCAACACCUUCUCCCAUAGAACCAACUGUCCCAGAAUCAACCCCUUCUCCUGUAGAGCCGACUGACUCAGAGCCAACACCUUCUCCUGUAGAGCCAACCAACUCAGAGCCAACACCUUCUCCUGUAGAGCCACCUGUCUCAGAGUCAACACCUUCUCCUGUAGAGCCACCUGUCUCAGGUUCCACCAUGACACCUGAAACAACAACGCUGACAGAUGAUACAUCAACCACUCCGAUAUCUACAACCACACACACACCAAUUGUUCUCACCCAAGAGUCCUGCCUGGUGUCCGGUGACCCUCAUUAUUACACUUUUGACAAGCAGACUCACCACUUCAUGGGCAACUGCACCUAUACUCUCUCCCAACUGUGUGACCGGAACAACUCUCUGCUCCCCUACUUCAACGUGGAAGCAAGCAAUGAGCAUCGAGGGGGCAACACGCACGUCUCCUAUGUUGAGAGUGUGGAUGUUGAUGUCUUUGGCAUCCGGAUCAACCUGGGAAAGGGAGGAAGAGUUACGGUCGAUAGGGAGCCAGUUAUGGUCCCCUCCAUUCCAAUACGAGGUGUGAAGAUCUUGCCCAGUGGCUUCUACACAGUGGUUUCUACAGAUUUUGGACUGAGAGUCAAGUUUGACGGAGACCACCAAGUGGAAGUGUCCCUCCUUAACACGUACAAGGGUGAGGUCUGCGGCAUGUGCGGAAACUACAACGGGAAUACUUCUGAUGAUUUCCUCAACCCCGAUGGGGAACUAGAGCCUGACUCCACAAGCUUGGGCAACAGCUGGCAGGUGGCCAACCUCAGCAGUUGUUCCUCAGGCCACACUCCUGUCUGCACAGAGGAUGAGAAGGACACAGCCAAGAGCAGCAAUUUCUGUGGACGCCUAAUGGAUGUCAAUGGACCAUUCAGACAGUGUCAUAGCGUCUUGGAUCCAACGGGGUAUUUUGAGAGCUGCCUUUAUGAUCAGUGCGCCCUGCACUUAGAUCCAGGCUCCCUCUGCAGGAGCUUGCAAUCCUACGCAGAUGCCUGCCAGUCCCUGGGAGUUGCCAUCGAUCCCUGGCGGAACACCACCUUCUGCCCCAUUCAUUGCAAACCCAACAGCCACUAUGAGCCUUGCGCCAAUGCCUGUCCAUCCACCUGCAAGGACCCAAAUGCUCCGGGCACAUGCAAUCUGCCAUGCACGGAAGCCUGCGUCUGUGACUCUGGGUUCUUCCUCUACAAUGGUACCUGUGUGCCCAGCCAUCAGUGUGGGUGCUGGCACCAGGGUAAGCACUACCCAGUGGGCUCCGGCUAUUGGACCGACGACACCUGUAGCACCAGAUGCGUCUGCCCCGGUCAAGGUGACCAACUCAGCUGCUUUCCUGAUUCCUGCCCUGAGCAUUAUUACUGUGGAGUCAAAAAUGGUGUCCCAGACUGCUAUGAACAUACGUACGGGGUCUGCCGCAUCCACAACGACCCUCAUUACAACACCUUUGACAAAAAGACGCACCACUUCAUGGGCACCUGCACCUAUACCCUGGCCAAGGUCUGCUCCAAUGAGACGGGGCUGCCCUACUUUAACGUGGAGGCCAAGAACGAACACCGUGGGAAUCCCUCCGUCUCCUACGUUCAGCGGGUGCUGGUGGAGGUUUACGGGCAGCGGAUUGAGAUUCUCAAAGGACACAAGAAUCAAGUGCUGGUGAACAAAGUGCUUACAAGGCUUUCUGUGCGCAAGCUAAAGAACACCCUGAGAGUGGACAUCAAUGGACGCUAUGUGACCCUAGAAACGGAUUUCGGGCUGAUUGUCUCUUACGACACAGAUCACUCGGUGGAAAUCAGGGUCCCCACUAACUUCUUCAACAAGACCUGUGGCAUGUGUGGGAACUUCAACAACCGCUGGCAGGAUGACAACAUGAUGCCCAAUGGAGAGCAAGCCAAGAAUUCCAACGAGCUGGGAAACAGCUGGCAGGUUCCUAAUGCAGAGUACGACCCACCCAACUGUAAAGGCCCACAAGAACCAGAACCUUGUCCCUCAGACCUGAAAAAUCUCUAUGAGUCAGAGGCGUACUGCGGACAACUUACCAGCAGCCAGGGACCCUUGGCAGCUUGCCAUUCUGCAAUCAACCCCAACAGCUUCUUCCAGAGUUGCAUCUUUGAUCUGUGUGAACUGAAUGGGUCCCAUGAGGCCUUGUGUAGUGCUUUGGAGGCGUACGCUGAUGCCUGCCAAAGAGUUGGCUUGCUGCUUCCCGACUGGAGGAAUGCCACUUCCUGCAAAAUCCCUUGUGACGAUCAUAGCCAUUACAACGUGUGCGCCACUUCCUGUCCCGCCACGUGUUCCAAUCCACUCGCUCCAUGGAACUGCACCAAGCCUUGCGUGGAGGGAUGCGAAUGCGAUGAAGGUUUUGUCUUCAGCGGAGCACAGUGUGUGCCACAGGAGGAUUGCGGCUGUGUCGAUGGAGAUCAAUAUUAUGAGAAAGGAGAGACGUUCUGGAAACCGGAUUGCGUCGGCCGAUGCCGCUGUGCAGAAAAUGGCACCUUGUCCUGCACCUCAGACAGUUGCAAAAAAGACCAAGUCUGUAAAGUGCAGAAUGGCAUCCUGGGCUGCUACAUUGCAGACAAGGCCACCUGUCACAUCUAUGGAGACCCACACUAUGUCACCUUCGAUGGGCGACUCUACCACUUCCAGGGUGGGUGCAAUUACACUGCAGUGCAAAUCUGCAGCAACUCCUCCGAGCAGUUCUCUGUGACCACUCGGAAUGAACAUCGCUCCAGCCCACACUGGACAGCUCUCAACUCAGUGGCCAUCUCGCUGAGAAACAUCCACUUGGCUCUGAGGACGAACAAAGAGGUCUACGUGAAUGGAGCCAAAGUUGAUCUUCCUCUGAGGCUACAGCCCAACAUUCAGGUGGAAGAACAGCUUCCGUAUGUGGUUGUUGAUAGCAACAUAGGCUUUCGGGUGAAGUUUGAUGGGGAUCACCAGCUCUUUAUCGAAGUCAGUGAGAGAUACAAGGGACACCUCUGUGGGCUGUGCGGCACCUACUCGGGCAGCCAGCUGGAUGAUUUCCAACAGCCAGAUGGGAUGCUGGAGACGGAUGCCAACAAAUUUGGCAAUAGUUGGAGAGUGGAAGAUGACGCUUGGAGCUGCUCACCAGUAGUUCCAGCCCCCUGUGACCCUCUGAAAGAGGCAGUUUUUGAAGAUUUGUGCAAAAUAAUUCUGUCCUCAAACGGGCCUUUUACCGAGUGCCAUGGCAGCAUCCCUCCUCAGCUGUACUUCGAAAGCUGUGUGUAUGACCAAUGUGCUACCGGGGGAGACAAAGAACAGUUGUGCAAAAGUCUGGAAGCGUAUGCCGCCGCAUGCGAAGUGAACGGGGCAGACCUCGGGGACUGGAAAAAGGAUACCGUUUGUGAACCAACACCUACACCCCCGGAGCCCAGUACCUCAGAGCCAACACCUUCUCCUGUAGAGCCACCUGUCUCAGGUUCCACCAUGACACCUGAAACAACAACGCUGACAGAUGAUACAUCAACCACUCCGAUAUCUACAACCACACACACACCAAUUGUUCUCACCCAAGAGUCCUGCCUGGUGUCGGGUGACCCUCAUUAUUACACUUUUGACAAGCAGACACACCACUUCAUGGGCAACUGCACCUAUACUCUCUCCCAACUAUGUGACCGGAACAACUCUCUGCUCCCCUACUUCAACGUGGAAGCAAGCAAUGAGCAUCGAGGGGGCAACACGCACGUCUCCUAUGUUGAGAGUUUGGAUGUUGAUGUCUUUGGCAUCCGGAUCAACCUGGGAAAGGGAGGAAGAGUUACAGUCGAUGGGAAGCCAGUCGUGGUCCCCUCCAUCCCAAUACCAGGUGUGACGAUCUUGUCCAGUGGCUUCUACACAGUGGUUUCUACAGAUUUUGGACUGAGAGUCAAGUUUGACGGAGACCACCAAGUGGAAGUGUCCCUCCUUAGCACGUACAAGGGUGAGGUCUGCGGCAUGUGUGGAAACUACAACGGGAAUACUUCUGAUGAUUUCCUCAACCCCGAUGGGGAACUAGAGCCUGACUCCACAAGUUUGGGCAACAGCUGGCAGGUGGCCAACCUCAGCAGUUGUUCCUCAGGCCACACUCCUAUCUGCACAGAAGAUGAGAAGGACACAGCCAAGAGCAGCGAUUUCUGUGGACGCCUAAUGGAUGUCAAUGGACCAUUCAGACAGUGUCAUAGCAUCUUGGAUCCAACGGGGUAUUUUGAGAGCUGCCUUUAUGAUCAGUGCGCCCUGCACUUAGAUCCAGGCUCCCUCUGCAGGAGCUUGCAAUCCUACGCAGAUGCCUGCCAGUCCCUGGGAGUUGCCAUCGACCCCUGGCGGAACACCACCUUCUGCCCCAUUCAUUGCAAACCCAACAGCCACUAUGAGCCUUGCGCCAAUGCCUGUCCAUCCACCUGCAAGGACCCAAAUGCUCCGGGCACAUGCAAUCUGCCAUGCACGGAAGCCUGCGUCUGUGACUCUGGGUUCUUCCUCUACAAUGGUACCUGUGUGCCCAGCCAUCAGUGUGGGUGCUGGCACCAGGGUAAGCACUACCCAGUGGGCUCCGGCUAUUGGACCGACGACACCUGUAGCACCAGAUGCGUCUGCCCCGGUCAAGGUGACCAACUCAGCUGCUUUCCUGAUUCCUGCCCUGAGCAUUAUUACUGUGGAGUCAAAAAUGGUGUCCCAGACUGCUAUGAACAUACGUACGGGGUCUGCCGCAUCCACAACGACCCUCAUUACAACACCUUUGACAAAAAGACGCACCACUUCAUGGGCACCUGCACCUAUACCCUGGCCAAGGUCUGCUCCAAUGAGACGGGGCUGCCCUACUUUAACGUGGAGGCCAAGAACGAACACCGUGGGAAUCCCUCCGUCUCCUACGUUCAGCGGGUGCUGGUGGAGGUUUACGGGCAGCGGAUUGAGAUUCUCAAAGGACACAAGACUCAAGUGCUGGUGAACAAAGUGCUUACAAGGCUUUCUGUGCGCAAGCUAAACAACACCCUGAGAGUGGACAUCAAUGGACGCUAUGUGACCCUAGAAACGGAUUUUGGGCUGAUUGUCUCUUACGACACAGAUCACUCGGUGGAAAUCAGGGUCCCCACCGACUUCUUCAGCAAGACUUGUGGCAUGUGUGGGAACUUCAACAACCGCUGGCAGGAUGACAACAUGAUGCCCAAUGGACAGCAAGCCAAGAAUUCCAACGAGCUAGGAAACAGCUGGCAGGUUCCUAAUGCCGAGUACGACCCACCCAACUGUAAAGGCCCAUCAGACCCAGAACCUUGUCCCUCAGACCUGAAAAAUCUCUAUGAGUCAGAGGCGUACUGCGGACAACUUACCAGCAGCCAGGGACCCUUGGCAGCUUGCCAUUCUGCAAUCAACCCCAACAGCUUCUUCCAGAGUUGCAUCUUUGAUCUGUGUGAACUGAAUGGGUCCCAUGAGGCCUUGUGUAGUGCUUUGGAGGCGUACGCUGAUGCCUGCCAAAGAGUUGGCUUGCUGCUUCCCGACUGGAGGAAUGCCACUUCCUGCAAAAUCCCUUGUGACGAUCAUAGCCAUUACAACGUGUGCGCCACUUCCUGUCCCGCCACGUGUUCCAAUCCACUCGCUCCAUGGAACUGCACCAAGCCUUGCGUGGAGGGAUGCGAAUGCGAUGAAGGUUUUGUCUUCAGCGGAGCACAGUGUGUGCCACAGGAGGAUUGCGGCUGUGUCGAUGGAGAUCAAUAUUAUGAGAAAGGAGAGACGUUCUGGAAACCGGAUUGCGUCGGCCGAUGCCGCUGUGCAGAAAAUGGCACCUUGUCCUGCACCUCAGACAGUUGCAAAAAAGACCAAGUCUGUAAAGUGCAGAAUGGCAUCCUGGGCUGCCACAUUGCAGACAAGGCCAUCUGUCACAUCUAUGGAGACCCACACUAUGUCACCUUCGAUGGGCGACUCUACCACUUCCAGGGUGGGUGCAAUUACACUGCAGUGCAAAUCUGCAGCAACUCCUCCGAGCAGUUCUCUGUGACCACUCGGAAUGAACAUCGCUCCAGCCCACACUGGACAGCUCUCAACUCAGUGGCCAUCUCGCUGAGAAACAUCCACUUGGCUCUGAGGAAGAACAAAGAGGUCUACGUGAAUGGAGCCAAAGUUGAUCUUCCUCUGAGGCUACAGCCCAACAUUCAGGUGGAAGAACAGCUUCCGUAUGUGGUUGUUGAUAGCAACCUAGGCUUUCGGGUGAAGUUUGAUGGGGAUCACCAGCUCUUUAUCGAAGUCAGUGAGAGAUACAAGGGACACCUCUGUGGGCUGUGCGGCACCUACUCGGGCAGCCAGCUGGAUGAUUUCCAACAGCCAGAUGGGAUGCUGGAGACGGAUGCCAACAAAUUUGGCAAUAGUUGGAGAGUGGAAGAUGACGCUUGGAGCUGCUCACCAGUAGUUCCAGCCCCCUGUGACCCUCUGAAAGAGGCAGUUUUUGAAGAUUUGUGCAAAAUAAUUCUGUCCUCAAACGGGCCUUUUACCGAGUGCCAUGGCAGCAUCCCUCCUCAGCUGUACUUCGAAAGCUGUGUGUAUGACCAAUGUGCUACCGGGGGAGACAAAGAACAGUUGUGCAAAAGUCUGGAAGCGUAUGCCGCCGCAUGCGAAGUGAACGGGGCAGACCUCGGGGACUGGAAAAAGGAUACCGUUUGUGAACCAACACCUACACCCCCGGAGCCCAGUACCUCAGAGCCAACACCUUCUCCUGUAGAGCCACCUGUCUCAGGUUCCACCAUGACACCUGAAACAACAACGCUGACAGAUGAUACAUCAACCACUCCGAUAUCUACAACCACACACACACCAAUUGUUCUCACCCAAGAGUCCUGCCUGGUGUCGGGUGACCCUCAUUAUUACACUUUUGACAAGCAGACACACCACUUCAUGGGCAACUGCACCUAUACUCUCUCCCAACUAUGUGACCGGAACAACUCUCUGCUCCCCUACUUCAACGUGGAAGCAAGCAAUGAGCAUCGAGGGGGCAACACGCACGUCUCCUAUGUUGAGAGUUUGGAUGUUGAUGUCUUUGGCAUCCGGAUCAACCUGGGAAAGGGAGGAAGAGUUACAGUCGAUGGGAAGCCAGUCGUGGUCCCCUCCAUCCCAAUACCAGGUGUGACGAUCUUGUCCAGUGGCUUCUACACAGUGGUUUCUACAGAUUUUGGACUGAGAGUCAAGUUUGACGGAGACCACCAAGUGGAAGUGUCCCUCCUUAGCACGUACAAGGGUGAGGUCUGCGGCAUGUGUGGAAACUACAACGGGAAUACUUCUGAUGAUUUCCUCAACCCCGAUGGGGAACUAGAGCCUGACUCCACAAGUUUGGGCAACAGCUGGCAGGUGGCCAACCUCAGCAGUUGUUCCUCAGGCCACACUCCUAUCUGCACAGAAGAUGAGAAGGACACAGCCAAGAGCAGCGAUUUCUGUGGACGCCUAAUGGAUGUCAAUGGACCAUUCAGACAGUGUCAUAGCAUCUUGGAUCCAACGGGGUAUUUUGAGAGCUGCCUUUAUGAUCAGUGCGCCCUGCACUUAGAUCCAGGCUCCCUCUGCAGGAGCUUGCAAUCCUACGCAGAUGCCUGCCAGUCCCUGGGAGUUGCCAUCGACCCCUGGCGGAACACCACCUUCUGCCCCAUUCAUUGCAAACCCAACAGCCACUAUGAGCCUUGCGCCAAUGCCUGUCCAUCCACCUGCAAGGACCCAAAUGCUCUGGGCACAUGCAAUCUGCCAUGCACGGAAGCCUGCGUCUGUGACUCUGGGUUCUUCCUCUACAAUGGUACCUGUGUGCCCAGCCAUCAGUGUGGGUGCUGGCACCAGGGUAAGCACUACCCAGUGGGCUCCGGCUAUUGGACCGACGACACCUGUAGCACCAGAUGCGUCUGCCCCGGUCAAGGUGACCAACUCAGCUGCUUUCCUGAUUCCUGCCCUGAGCAUUAUUACUGUGGAGUCAAAAAUGGUGUCCCAGACUGCUAUGAACAUACGUACGGGGUCUGCCGCAUCCACAACGACCCUCAUUACAACACCUUUGACAAAAAGACGCACCACUUCAUGGGCACCUGCACCUAUACCCUGGCCAAGGUCUGCUCCAAUGAGACGGGGCUGCCCUACAUUAACGUGGAGGCCAAGAACGAACACCGUGGGAAUCCCUCCGUCUCCUACGUUCAGCGGGUGCUGGUGGAGGUUUACGGGCAGCGGAUUGAGAUUCUCAAAGGACACAAGACUCAAGUGCUGGUGAACAAAGUGCUUACAAGGCUUUCUGUGCGCAAGCUAAACAACACCCUGAGAGUGGACAUCAAUGGACGCUAUGUGACCCUAGAAACGGAUUUCGGGCUGAUUGUCUCUUACGACACAGAUCACUCGGUGGAAAUCAGGGUCCCCACCGACUUCUUCAGCAAGACUUGUGGCAUGUGUGGGAACUUCAACAACCGCUGGCAGGAUGACAACAUGAUGCCCAAUGGACAGCAAGCCAAGAAUUCCAACGAGCUAGGAAACAGCUGGCAGGUUCCUAAUGCCGAGUACGACCCACCCAACUGUAAAGGCCCAUCAGACCCAGAACCUUGUCCCUCAGACCUGAAAAAUCUCUAUGAGUCAGAGGCGUACUGCGGACAACUUACCAGCAGCCAGGGACCCUUGGCAGCUUGCCAUUCUGCAAUCAACCCCAACAGCUUCUUCCAGAGUUGCAUCUUUGAUCUGUGUGAACUGAAUGGGUCCCAUGAGGCCUUGUGUAGUGCUUUGGAGGCGUACGCUGAUGCCUGCCAAAGAGUUGGCUUGCAGCUUCCCGACUGGAGGAAUGCCACUUCCUGCAAAAUCCCUUGUGACGAUCAUAGCCAUUACAACGUGUGCGCCACUUCCUGUCCCGCCACGUGUUCCAAUCCACUCGCUCCAUGGAACUGCACCAAGCCUUGCGUGGAGGGAUGCGAAUGCGAUGAAGGUUUUGUCUUCAGCGGAGCACAGUGUGUGCCACAGGAGGAUUGCGGCUGUGUCGAUGGAGAUCAAUAUUAUGAGAAAGGAGAGACGUUCUGGAAACCGGAUUGCGUCGGCCGAUGCCGCUGUGCAGAAAAUGGCACCUUGUCCUGCACCUCAGACAGUUGCAAAAAAGACCAAGUCUGUAAAGUGCAGAAUGGCAUCCUGGGCUGCUACAUUGCAGACAAGGCCACCUGUCACAUCUAUGGAGACCCACACUAUGUCACCUUCGAUGGGCGACUCUACCACUUCCAGGGUGGGUGCAAUUACACUGCAGUGCAAAUCUGCAGCAACUCCUCCGAGCAGUUCUCUGUGACCACUCGGAAUGAACAUCGCUCCAGCCCACACUGGACAGCUCUCAACUCAGUGGCCAUCUCGCUGAGAAACAUCCACUUGGCUCUGAGGAAGAACAAAGAGGUCUACGUGAAUGGAGCCAAAGUUGAUCUUCCUCUGAGGCUACAGCCCAACAUUCAGGUGGAAGAACAGCUUCCGUAUGUGGUUGUUGAUAGCAACAUAGGCUUUCGGGUGAAGUUUGAUGGGGAUCACCAGCUCUUUAUCGAAGUCAGUGAGAGAUACAAGGGACACCUCUGUGGGCUGUGCGGCACCUACUCGGGCAGCCAGCUGGAUGAUUUCCAACAGCCAGAUGGGAUGCUGGAGACGGAUGCCAACAAAUUUGGCAAUAGUUGGAGAGUGGAAGAUGACGCUUGGAGCUGCUCACCAGUAGUUCCAGCCCCCUGUGACCCUCUGAAAGAGGCAGUUUUUGAAGAUUUGUGCAAAAUAAUUCUGUCCUCAAACGGGCCUUUUACCGAGUGCCAUGGCAGCAUCCCUCCUCAGCUGGACUUCGAAAGCUGUGUGUAUGACCAAUGUGCUACCGGGGGAGACAAAGAACAGUUGUGCAAAAGUCUGGAAGCGUAUGCCGCCGCAUGCGAAGUGAACGGGGCAGACCUCGGGGACUGGAAAAAGGAUACCGUUUGUGAACCAACACCUACACCCCCGGAGCCCAGUACCUCAGAACCAACACCUUCUCCCACAGAGCCAACUGUCCCAGAACCAACAUCUCCUGUAGAUCCGACUGUCUCAGUCCCAUCUAUCUGCACUGCCUCAGGAGACCCCCAUUACACCACCUUUGACGGCCGUGUCCACCACUUCAUGGGCAACUGUACCUACACCUUGGCCAAAGUCUGCACCAACUCCACCCGUGAUCUGGAGGCCUUUGACGUGUCCACCACCAACGAGCACCGGGGCUCCAAUCUGGCUGUGUCUUACGUCAACUCAGUCCAUGUGGCAGUGUACGGGAACCAGGUGUCCUUGCUGAAGAACAGGAAAGUCAACGUCAACGGCACUCGGAGAAACCUGCCGGUAUAUAUCGGAGGCAACAAGAUUGUGGUGCGGUUGAGUGGCAGCUACGUGAUCUUGAAAACAAACUUUGGCCUGAGCGUCCGCUUUGAUGGGAACCAGUUUGCGGAAGUGGCCGUGCCACCCAAAUACCAGGGACUGCUCUGCGGGCUGUGUGGUAAUUUCAAUGGGAAUCCAGAAGAUGACAAUCUAAAGCCGGAUGGACUACCUGCAGGAGACUCAACUCAGCUCGGAAACAGUUGGCUUGUCUCAGACAACAGUAGCAUAUGUUCCGGCCCAUCAGAGUUAUGUGACCCAAAGCUGGAGGAGGAAAUUCGGAGGAAUUCUGCUUGCCGCCUGAUCGCAGAUCCAACAGGCCCCUUCGGGCAGUGCCAUGCUGUGGUGGACCCCACCCAUUUCCUGGAGAAUUGCGUUUAUGACGUGUGCCUCACUCAAGGACAGCAGACCUCCGUGUGCCACGGGCUGCAAGCCUACGCUGCCUCCUGCUCCAAUGCUGGGGUGUGUGUGGAAUGGCGGAACUCCACCCUCUGUCCCAUCUCCUGCUCUGUCAACAGCCACUACAGCAGCUGUGGGACUUCCUGCCCUUCCAGCUGUAUUAAACCAGGAGGGCUCGCCCUGUGCAGCCCCCUCCCUGUGGAAGGGUGCUUCUGCAACGAAGGGUUUGUCCUGAGUGGAGACAUGUGUGUCCCGGAGAGCGACUGCGGCUGUGUGGAUGACCAGGACAACUACUACCAGCUGGGGGAGACCUGGUUCGUCGAUGAGUCCUGCAAAGAACGAUGCACCUGCAGGCCCAACAAUGAAAUCAACUGCACCUUGUGGCAAUGUGGUGUGCAGGAGAAUUGUGCUGUUCAGGAUGGAGUGCUGGGUUGCUACACCAAAGGCCGAGCCUCGUGUCACGUGGUGGGUGAUCCCCAUUAUUACACCUUUGACAAAGUGAUGCACACCUUCCUGGGUACCUGCCUGUAUACCCUGGUCGCUGCUUGUGAUACCAAGAACCUCUGCACUGUCACCCCCUUCAACAUCACUGGGAAAAAUGAAGACAGGGGCUUGCCAGGAGCCACCUACCUCCGGGAGGUCCAUGUGGAUGUGUACGACCUACGGAUCACACUCCAGAAAGACAAGAAGAUUCUGCUCAACAAGAUGAGGGCCUACACACCAGUGGAAAGCCGCUCCCAACGAAACUCGGUGACCGUGUCGAAUGUCGGCAAUUACAUGGUGGUGGAAACUGACUUUGGGCUGACGGUGAAAUAUGAUGGGAAUCAGUACUUGGAGAUCAGCUUGCCAAGCUCCUACUUCUCUCAGGUGCGUGGCCUCUGUGGGAACUACAACGGCCAAAAGGAAGAUGAGCUGCUGAUGCCCAAUGGAUCCCAGGCCAAGAACGUCACUCAGUUCGGGAACAGCUGGAAGGUGGACGAUUAUGAAGACUCCAGCUGCCUGCCAGACACACGCCCAGAGCUGGGUCCGCCCUGCACCCCUGGCGACCUGUCCUCAGUGGAAAAGCAGUGCCAGGUUCUGCACUCCGGUGUCUUCGUGCCCUGCCACCCCCUGGUACAGCCAGACCUCUUCGUCCAGACCUGCGUCUACGACAUGUGCAAGUACGACGGGAUGCGUGCCACUCUGUGCGCCGUGGUGCAAGCCUAUGCGGACGCCUGCCAGGCCAAGGGGGUCCCCAUCCAGUGGAGGAACACCACCUUCUGCCCGCUGCCCUGCCCACCCAACAGCUUCUACGCCCCCUGCGCCCCCCCCUGCCCGCCCACCUGCAGCAACAUCUACGCCGGGGAGCUGUGUGAGAAGCCCCCAGGGGGCUGCCUGGAAGGCUGUGUCUGCAACGAGGGCUUUGUGCUGAGCGAUGACCAGUGUGUGCCCCUCAGCCAGUGCGGUUGCCAGGACAAGGACGGCCGGUACCACAAAAUCGGGGAGAGCUGGCUCACCCCCCACUGCAGCCAGAAGUGCCGCUGCCGCCGUGGAGGCACUAUCCGGUGCCAGGACUUCGGCUGUGACCCCGGGGAGGUUUGCGACACCAGGAAAGACGGGAAGUUGCACUGCAAACCCACAGGAUUUGGCAACUGCCUGAUCACGGGAGACCCCCACUACAUGACCUUCGACGGCCUGCUGCACCACUUCCAAGGGCUGCGCACCUACGUGCUCUCGCAGACCAUCCCCGACGCCUCCGAGCGCCUGGAGCCCUUCAGCAUCGAAGGGACCAACCGGGCAGUGGUGGGCGUCGGGCAGCCCUCCGUGCUGAAGGAGCUGCUGAUCCGCGUCUACAACCACACGGUGCUCUUCAAGCAGAGGAAGAAGCUGGUGGUGGACGGAGUGGCAACAGUGCCCCCAGCGCGGCCUCACGAGGGGCUUCGCAUCCAGCAGAGCGGAAGGCAGAUUUUCCUACAAUCCGAUUUUGGCCUCUCGGUCGCCUUUGAUGGCUCGGAGAAUUCAGGCAUCCUGCUGCCCAACAGCUACAAAAGGAACGUCGAAGGCCUCUGUGGCAACUUUGAUGGGAGGUACAGGAAUGACUUUGCCAAGCCAGACGGCACCCUGGUCAAAGACGUGAACACCUUCGGGCAGAGCUGGCGAGUGCCCGUCAAGAGAGCCUCCUUCCGCCUCAGGCGAGACCUUGUUUCGGAAGAAGCCCUGGAGGAUGCUGAGCUGGAUGUGGGAUUUUCCCCCCUGUGCUCCGAGGAGGCCCUGAAGGUGUUCAACAGCAGCUCCGUCUGUGGCGUCCUGCUGGACCCCAGGGGCCCCUUCCCAGGGUGCUGGGCCCACGAGCCCCCCAACUCCUUCCUACAGAGCUGCCUGUUCGACAUGUGCAGAGAAGACAACCGGACCGCCCGCCUGUGCCCCAUCCUGGAGCAGUACGCCCUGGCCUGCCAGAGCAAGAACGUCCCGGUGGCCAACUGGAGGGCAGCGACCGGCUGCGCUCCCCAGUGCUCUCCCCACAGCCACUACAACCCCUGCAUGUCGGCCUGUCCCCCGUCGUGCUCGGACCUGGCGGCCCCUGCCAACUGCGACUCCCCCUGCCUGGAGGGCUGUGAGUGCGACUCUGGCUACGUCCUCAGCGGCUUCGACUGCGUGCCCUUCCGGGACUGCGGCUGCAGCUUCUUGGGCAAAUACUACCAGGUCGGGGACCGCUUUAUGGUGGACGACUGCAGCCAAGACUGCGUCUGCCUGGACAGUUCCAGCCUCUCCUGCAACCAGACAGGAUGUGCCCAGGACUAUCGCUGUAGGACCUUCAACCUCACCCGUGGCUGCUUCCGUGCCGACCCCUGCCAGCCAAACUCAUGUUUCAACAAUGGAACUUGCGUGCGGGAUGACAGCCCAGAUACUUUCCACUGUGAAUGUCCCGAUAAUUAUGAUGGAUUACUCUGUGAAAUACAAGUCACACCAGGAGCCGACCCCUGCCAGCCAAAUCCUUGUUUGAACGCUGGGACUUGCGUGCGGGACAACAGCUCCGAAGCCUUCCGCUGUGAAUGUCCGGAGAAAUACCAAGGAAAACUCUGCGAGAACGAACGAACAGACGUUUGGCUCCCCCUCUACAUUGCGCUGGGUGUGGCGGCUGGCGCCAUCCUGCUGGCCGUAGUCAUCUCCGUGAUCGUCUGCUCGUGCAACCGCAGGAAACGGAGCCCGCCGCCCCGGUCCAGGAACCGCAACUUCGGCUACCUCUCGAACCCGGCCUUCGAGCGCGACUAGGAUCCGAGCCUUCCUCCUCUGGAGGGUCUGCCCUCCUCACCCCGGAGCCCGCCUCCUCCCUCCGGCCGUUUCCACGUGGAAUAAACGAAAUUCUAUUUAAAUUAA